AUGGUGGGAUUGGCGGUUUACCGGCGACUGGCGUUUGGGGACGAGCGAGCGGAAGGGCGGGAGGGUAGCCGAACGACGUUUAACGCUGAUGGCGAGGCUGAACGCGAGAGUGAGCAAGAGGACAAAGCAGGCGAGGGCAAGAGCGAUAAGGCGGUAGAGGAGAAAGAGAGGGAGGUGGAGGAGGAGGUAGAGGAGGAUGAAGUGGAGCUAGAGAUUGUGUAUGAGGAAGAAGGGAUUGCCAGAAGCGCCGCUGCCGUUGUUCCUGCUACCAGUGCUGCUGUUACCGCUGCCGCUGUAGCCGACAGUGCCGUGACUCGUUUCUCGUCGUCUAAUAACGCGGACGGGGAUGACCUAUUCCGCUGGAACCGCAUCCAUAGAGGGAGCACCGGGCCCGGGGGCCGCGGAAGCGGAUCCAGUGGGCCCAAGACACGUGGCGAGGUGCUGGCAGCCAUGGUGGGCGUUCAGAUGCCACGUCAGCAAGGGGUACGAAGCAUGGCGCCGGAUAUGGAGGGGCGGGUAACGGCCGCAGCAGCAGCUGCAGGGGGGGUGAGAAGUGGACGGGCUGGUGUGUCCCCGAUACAGUCACCUUCGAAAGGAGCAGCUAUUAAACGUGCAGUGAGAGGGGAUAUAGGUGCAGAAGCAGGAGGAGGAGCAGGAGCGAGGGCAGCGAGAGCGGCGGCAGGGAUGGCAGCAGCAACGGUGGCGGCGAAGGAGGAGGCUGCCGAACUUCCACCACAAAGGUUCCUGGAAAUCGCGCAGCUGUUCGACGCGCUGGAGCUGAGCUGCCGCCUGCUGCACGCGAGGAAGCUUCUGUGCUCCUUCCGGGCGAUUAAAGACGCGGUGCAGGACGUGACUAAGAGGCGCUUCACUCAGCGGCACCUGGCGCAGAUGUUGUUCGUGGGGGGCGGAGGGGGAGGGGCAGGGGGAGGGGGAGGGGGAGGAGGGGGAGGGGCAGGGGGAGGAAAGGGGGGAACGGGAGGAGUUGGCGGAAAGGUAGAAGAGGGAGGAGGGGCGGCAGGCAGGGCGGCAAGGUUUGGACGUAGCGUGUGGGAUCUGAAGAUUAUAUUGGAGAACGAAGGGGAAAGGAAGGAGGACGGUGGUGAAAGUGAUAUGCCUGCAGCUGCGGAUGGUGGUGCUAUUAGCGGUAGUGGUGCAGGGGGCGAUGGAGGGAUAACAGGAGGCGGAUUGGCAGCAGGCAUGGCAAUAGGCACAGGCAUGGCAGGAGGGAGGGUGAGGAGCGAAGAGAGUGACAUGCUGUGGCGGAAAAGAGAGUUCCGAGCCAGGCUGGGGAGACUGGCUCGUGCCAUGGGGGCAGUGGGAACGGACAAGGAUGUGACUGCAGCAGAUGUGACUAUACCGGAGGAGAGUCUGCCAGACCCACUCUCUCCCUCCCCGGCAUCAGCUUUAGAGUCUCGUGCAUCUGUUAAUGCUCAUGCCACUCACUCUAGUCACACUCAUUAUAGUCACACUCGCUCUACUCACCCUGUCAGUCGCAGGAGUCUAUUUCCUGAAGCAUCCACCAACCCUUCCUUUGCCGAAGCUGGUCUAGGCUCGGCGCCAACAGCUGCACCCUUUGCCAGGCCUGUUUUGCAGGUGCGGCCAGUUUCCCCAACCCAUCGCCAUCGGCCUGCUUCGGCAGAUAGGGUCGGCAGGAAUCCGAACCCAGACUUGGGCGCUCGUGUGCGGGUGGACCUCACUCCAUCGUUGGAUCGGUUGGCUCGCCGGACCAACGUGGGAGGUUUGGCAGGAGCAGCCGAAGCUGGGUCCGAGCAGGCUAGGGCAGCACGGCAGCUGCUGUUUGGAGGAACAGCUGAGGUUGCUGGGGCUAGUGGUGGGGCUUCAGGUGCAUCUGGUGCUGCUGGUGCUGCUGGUGCUUCUGGUGCUGCUGGUGCUGCUGGUGCUGCUGGUGUUGCUGAAAUAGCCAGAAAAGGAGUUGAGGAGGGAGAGAAGGAGGUGUGGGGUGGUGAUGUGGUAGGGGAGCUGGGCUCACUGCAGCAGCAGGGAGUGGGGAAAGGUGGAGAACAAGAUGGAGCGGUCGGGAGGGGUGGAGGAGACAGCGAUGGGGAGGGUGGGGGAAGUGACUCGGAGAUCCUAUCUCGCCUGCCCCAAGGGCUCGUGCACUCGGUUCGAAAGCGUGAGGAGAAGCAGCGUGCCGAGGCUACGGACGAGGCUCGGCAGGCGCGUCGGCGGCGGCUGCUACUGGCCGAGCUUCCUCUCCUAACCGAUAUGGUAGUCGCUCUCUUUGCCAGCUGUCGCGCUGCCGUGCUGCCACAUAGGGACCUUGUGGUCCGGCUGGUGGCCAAUCACAGCAAGCAGACCAACCAAGAGGAGAUUGAGGAACAGUUGAAGAUUCUAGAGGAGAUAGCGCCAGAUUGGUUGUGCGCUAAGAUGUCCCUUCGAGGGGAGAAACUAUAUCGAUUGUCCAAGGUGGUGAUGGCCGCACACGUGAAGGCGCGGGUGAAGGAUGAACAGAAGCUUGAUCCAGAUCAGCACCAGCACGCACCAUCACGCCGUUCUAUGCAUGGUGCUUCCGAGGUCGGGGAGAUCAUCGGCCGGUUCGAGCGCAAGGGUUUCGUUCUGCGAGGCCUGAAGCUGUUCCAGUGCCCCAAGGAGCUGGCCGAGGAGCACUACAAGGACCUUGCCGACAAGCCCUUCUACAAGGGUCUCGUUGACUACAUCAUCUCCGGCCCUGUUGUCGCCAUGGCCUGGGAGGGCAAGGGUGUGGUGGCUUCAGCUCGCAAGCUGAUUGGCGCCACCAACCCCCUUGCUUCCGAGCCCGGCACCAUCCGUGGUGACCUUGCAGUCGAGGUUGGCAGGAACGUCGUGCACGGGAGUGACAGCGUGGAGAAUGGCGAGCGUGAGAUUGGCUUGUGGUUCAAGGAGGCAGAGCUGAUCAAGUGGGACCCUACACUUCUCCCUUGGCUGCGCGAGUAA